CCUUUAAUGUCACCGUCCUGGUGAGCGCCAUAAAAAAAAUAGAAAGGAUUCUUUUCCGCUUGCGGAUACUGUUCUGCUCGCUCGCGGAGUUUAAAUGCGCCCUCGCGGAGCAGCUUUCCGCGCGUGGUUAUCAUUAUGCGCGUUUGCAUAGCGCGUGCGCGCGCGGAUUCCAUGCGCGUGAGUUUUGGGUCCAUUUAAAUUCCAUAGUCUAACCCCUAGUUCACACUACACGCGUGAGCAGAGCGAGAGCAGCGCGUAUUUUUUUCGGCGUGCAUGUCAUCAAAUGAGUGCUUUCAUACCGGGAGCAGCGCUUGAGCAGCACUGAUGCGAUGGUUUCGGCGCCGAGUCUAUUUUUGCUGCGCAGCUCAAGCUCAGUUAAAGUGACAGCACACCUUAGAUAGACAAAUAUAAAUAGUUGCACAAUAAAAGUGCUCAGAAUGCACAGAAUAAGCAAGCCUGUUGUGUUUUUUUUUUUUGCAAGACUAGGAGUAUGUUAAAAAAAAACAUUUAUAUUUGAUGUACCCCUUCAUUUGUUUUUAAUUAUUCCGUUUGGGUGGAAGCAUGGUUUAUAAAAUCACGUCAGUUAACUAGCCAGAAAGCGGCUCUAGCAGUACCCAAUCAAACCUGAGUUUGUGGCCAGCUUUCCGAGGAGCUCGUUAUAAAAGGUGAUCGUGUCAUACCUCAUUCUUGUACCACAAUUGAGGUUGAGAAGCACAAAAUGCUUUAUGAUCCUUGCAGUAAAUACUACAAUGACAUAUCUUCAAAGGAAAAAGCCUGGGUUGAAAUAGCUUCUGCUAUUUGUGCAGAUGGUAAGACAAUUAUAUAAUGGUAAUCUGUUUUGUCUGAUGAAGGUUAACUACCAUUUUUUUUCUCACGUGUCAUUAAAAACAUUGUCUUGCUGAAAUAAUGUAUUUGUUGAUUAUAAAUGCUUUUUCCAGUGUUAAUGCCAUACACGAACCAGUGAUUUUAACAAAGAACAUUUUUAAAAUGUAAUCAAAAACACCAUACAAAACAUGCAUAUUUACUGAAACACUAGACAAAAGAACAGUAUUUACAAAGUUUUAAUUAACUUUCUUACAUUGGAGGGUUGGUUUAUGUGUAACAAUGCAUGAUACUAUUUUAUAAUUCCCUAAACCAUUUGGUCCUGCCAUGAAACCCUGCCUUCCGGGGAACAGAAAAAAUGUGCAGAACCUUUCUCGAACAUCAUACGCAUCUCUACUUCCUCUGUUUCCACCCAUGUUCCUGACCGGUGGAAUCGCGGUGCCUCUCUCGUCAGCCUCAUCUAGCCAUCUUUGGUUCUGUGAUGGAGUCAUAAGGUAAUUGUGCAAGAUGCAUGUUGCCAUGACCACUGAGUCUGCAUUUUCUGUCUUCACAUUUAAUCUGGUAUGAAGUACUCUCCAUCUUGAGGACAGAAUGCCAAAGGCACAUUCAACUACCAUCCUGGCAUGAGACAGCCUGUAGUUGAAAAUGCGCCUCCAUCUUGGAAUGUUGUUACCUGGAAAUGGUCGCAUAAUGUAGGUCUUCAGUGGGAAUGCUGCAUCUGCAACCAUGGCAUAUGGCAUGGGACCCUGAACACCAGAUCCUGGCAAAGGGUUAUCUGCUGGCACAGACAAAGAUUUUGCCUCCAUGCCUCUUCCAAGAGCUGAGUUUUGAUAAAUCCCACCAUCACUGGCUCUACCAAAGUCACCCACUUAGACGAAUGUAAAUUUGUAGACUGCAUCUACCAGUGCAAGCAGAACAAUGGAGAAUGUCUUCUUGUAAUUGAAGAACAAACUCCCUGAAUUAGCAGGUGACACUAUGUUGAUAUAUUUGCCAUCAAUGGCACCAAUGCAGUUGGGAAAGUUCCAUGUAGACCAAAACUUUGAUGCAAUGUCUCUCCACAUAUCCUCUGUUGGUUUUGGAAAUUGCGUUGCCAUCAUUUGCCUCUCUAUUGCCCUGCAAGUCAAAUGCACAGUCCCAGCAACUGUGCUUUUCCCAAGGCGAUAUUGGAGAGCAAGGCUGGAAAAGCUUUCCCCAGUUCCUAGGAAUCUAAGAAAAACAGACAAAAGUAAAUAGUUAGUACAAUGUGUUUAUCCCCACACAGCAAAUGACUGUAAAAGAAGGUGGAAGGUGCUAAGGGAUGCCUUUGCAAGGAGCAGAAAGCAGAAAAAUCUUCCUAGUGGCUCUGCUGGUGGAACCAGCCGAGAAUGGAAAUAUGAGCAAAUAAUGUCCUUUUUGCUUCCACAUAUGCAGUCCAGAAGCUCCAGACACACUCUGCAAUUUGCAGAUGUAGCUGUGGACAUGACUGUGGCACUAGAUGAUGUGGAUCCAGAACUAGCUGACCUUUCAAGGUCAAGUUCUCCACCUCAACAGAGAUCUGUAACCCCAACACCUUCUACAAAUUCACGAUCUGACACCUCCUCAGCCUAUCCCAGCAUGCAAGCUCUAAGUACUGAGAGUCAGACAACAAGACAGAAGAGGAGGAGGUCAAAUGAUACAAAUGCAACAGAGCAACAGCUAUUGGACAUUUUAACACAACCAACCACAACACCAUCACCGUAUAUUCCAAACGAGGGAGACGAAAUGUACUAUUUUGUGCUUAGCUUAGUACCAAAACUUAGAAGACUACUUCCACAGAACCAGACAAGGGCACAGGUUCAUAUAUUGACUUACCUGUCAGAACUAGAAGCAGAAGAACAAAACAUGCAACAAAGCCACACUACAACCCACCCAUUCACAAGCAGUCAGCAGCCACACAGUUAUGGAUUUCAUCAAUACCGCCCAACCUCCCCUCACCAUCAAAGCCACACUCAGCAGCUCCACACAGAUAUCUUUGACAAAGCAACACCUUCUUCUGCAAGAUCUGGCCAACAACAAGGUUCAUCUAUGGAAGACCCAUAGCCACUGGUCUAUCAUCAUUUACACUAAUUUUCUUUGUUCUCCGACAUUUAAUUUUGCAUCAUUACUUUAACAGUUUCACUACUGUGUUGUAAUGUCAUGAUUGUUAUUUAAUGUAGUAAUCUAAUUUCAUUAUUUGC